AUGACGUACUCGCGAGUUAUAUUGCGGCAAGCCUUACGGGUCUUCCAGAGCUAUGGAGAUGAUGAAGUACCUGCCUUGUCCCCCGUCACUAGCGAAAGACACCUACGAGAUGAUUACGAGUUCCGUCAGAUCUCCAACACCCAAAAUAUCAGCACGAAGCAGGUUGCUCUCUUCAACGAGGACUCGUCUUCCUCCGAAGAGCUUGAUGAGUACGACUCCGGUCUAGCAAAGCGGAAGCGAAGAUUGUUCAAAGCAAUGUUGGGUUCAUCGAAGCGGGCCAAGCGAGAUGGCUACUCAAGCCCGACGUGUUGUCGGCAAGAGUAUCUGGCGAUUGAUCCCAACGCCACGCGCGCACUGACGACACAACGCGACCAUGACCGAAGUAUGAUGUUUGGCAAGCCCGACAAAUUUGUUCCCGCUCAGCAGUACCUGGAGAGACUUGAUGAAGAAGCCGCCAAGAUCGACAAUGAACAUGGAAGACGGCUCAGAAACCAAAAAUAUAUUCUGGAUGAGGACCGUGCUUCACUGACGGAAAGAUGCUUGCCUUGCACGAGAGCUUGGGCUAAAUGCAUCAAACAGAAUAAUGACGAUAAGUGCUGUAUACGGUGCAACAAGAAUCGUAUUGAAUGCUUCAAGGAAGAUGAUAUCUGUGUAGAGGACUCAUUUGUACCACAACAACCUCUAAAAAUAGAUCAGACUUCUCUGAAAGCAGUACCUGAAACGCCUCGUCCUGAAGCACCUGUACCAGCAGCUCCUCUUACACCGGUUCUAAUCAUCGGAGGUCAUGUGGCGUCCCUUCAACUUCAAUCUCGAGUAACAAGGGAUCAGGAAGGAAGUAUUCACCGUAAGGUCAACUUAGGAUCUUCUCGAGAAGAUCCAAUCGAGUUGGAUUCUUCGUCAGACUCCAAUGAGCCGUCGCCAUCACCCAGUUUACAACGAAGUCAUGUGACAUGGUCGAACUCCACUGCGCCGUCACCACCAACUGACUCAGAUGGAGUCGAACUGACCAUCCGGACAACCUGGGCUCAUCCAAUAAACUUUAAGCAUACACCGACUGAUGAAGAACCAUGUCAUUUUUGCUCCGACUUCCGCUACGGCAUAUUUGGAUACGGUGAGAUAGAGGUCCACGUCAUCAAAUACAGUGACAGCCCAGACUAUGAAGAGACUGGAGAUGGGCAUCGAUCAGAGGGCUGGGAACCAACCAGGAUGUGUGUCAAAUGCUCCUUGAGCCGCUUGUACAUUUCUAGAUGCAAGGCUCAUUUUAUUAUCCCCUUCGGCAUCCGUUCGCCAGAGCUCGAAAACCGGUAUAUCUCUCAGUUGGUGGAAAUUUGGCGGCCACAUCAGUCUAAAUUGAAGACCGGUCCUCUCCCGACAUGCUCGCUGUGUCCGAGAUCUGCUCACUGGCGCUGUGCUGCUGAUCAGCAACUCAACAUCGUUGGCAUGCGAAUCCCGAGUCUCAAAGGGAAAGGGAAAGGCUGUGGUCUUUUGUUGUGUGACGACUGUGCUCCGCAGGUUAAGGAGGAUGGGAUAUUGAGAAGACCUUCGAUUGAACAAGCCGAUAUGGCAAAAUUUCAGAUUGGUCAGCGAGCUGACGUUGAUUUCCUCUUUCGCGGAAGCCUCCUCCACGAUGCCUUUCGUUGA